UAUUUUUGCCCCUCCUUAUUCAGUCCGUCCUCAAACUUCUUUCAUUCGAAUUUUGGUUCAUUUCAAUUGAAGAAGCGAAUUUUGAUAGAAACAAGUUGUUGUAUUUCAAUUCAAAAUGAAAUUAAGUGUAAUUUUUACCCUUUUUCUACUCGUAGUCGUGCCCAGUUUCGGUCAAGUGUACGAACCAAAACAAAAGGUCACCAAAAAGUAUUAUCUGAUGACAAUCAAUGCGACAAAUUGGUUCAAAGCAUUUCAACAUUGUCGCUAUCUUGGCAUGCAAUUGGUUAGUAUUUCAUCUCAAGAGGAAAAUGAUCGAAUCGUAAAGCAAAUUCAAGACGAAGGCCAUGGAGAUAAAGAAUUUUGGACAUCAGCUACAAAAUUAAAUGAUGAUAAAACUUAUUAUUGGAUGGGAAAUGGCGAAUUGGUAACGUAUUUUAAUUGGGCUGCAGGACGACCGGAUAAUCUUCUAUUGGGCGGUGUAUACGAAAAUUGCAUUCAUAUUAUUCACAAAUGGGCUGGCGAUGGCAAUGCUUAUUAUUGGAAUGAUGCGACUUGUAAUCGGGAUUUUCAUUUUAUUUGUGAACAAGAACGCAUUGAAUACGAAUAUUGUUUGAACCAGCAACCGUUUUGAUACAGAAAUGAGUUUUGUUCAAAAUUUUUGUUUGAAUGAUUUAAAAUUAUUGAUCGUAAAUUAUGAUUCAUAACUGCAGUUCACAAACCUCGAAUGCUUCGAACUAUGAUAAAUUGAUUGUAGGGAAAUAUGCAGAUUUUUUAAGAAUCACAGCUGCAUUUUGGAUAACAAUGAAAAAUACUAUUAACUGCCUAAAAGCAGUUUGGGUUGAAACUAAUCACAAUAAAAUCCAAUUUUUAA